AUGAAGGUGCAGGACACAGUGGAAUUAGCUUUAUUUUUUGAUGCAGAAUGCAACUAUUUUUAUAGUGUAGUGACAAAGAAUUACCAGCACAUCUUAGCCUUGGCGUAUGCAGUAAAGGAGAUAAAUGAAAACUCUCAGAUACUACCGAAUGUCACUUUGGGCUUCCACAUCUAUGACAGCUAUUUCAAUUCUAAGAAGACCUAUCAUGCCACAAUGCUACUUAUGUCCACACCAGAGAGGUUUGCUCCCAACUACAUAUGUGGCAUCCAAAGUAAUCUAACAGCAGUGAUCGGGGGACUGGACUACCGAAUUUCUGGUCUUGUGGCAGAUAUCUUGCAUAUAUAUAAGGUUCCACAGCUUCUCUAUGGCUCUGCUCCAGAGAUGGAAGAUAAAACCACAGGAGCUUCCUUCUACAAAAUGACCCCUGAGGAGACCCUUCAGUACACAGGGAUUCUUUCUUUAUUACUGCAUUUCAGGUGGACAUGGAUUGGAAUCGCUGCAAUGGAUAAUGAUAAUGGAGAAAGAUUUCUGCAAAUUGCAGUUCCACUGUUUUCCCAGAAUGGUAUAUGUUUUGCCUCCAUUGAAAGAGUUCCUAUGAAAAUUGCACUCACUGAAUUUAAUGACCUGCUAACAUGGGGAGCAAAAAUACGUGACAAACUCAUGGAUAGCAAAACCAAUGUAGUAGUGUUCUAUGGAGAGUGUAACUCCAUGGUAUAUUUAAGAUGGCUCCCAUAUUUAUCGGAACAGAAAAAUGCAACAAAUUUACUAAGUGGUAAAGUGUGGAUUAUGACAGCCCAGAUGGAACUCACAUCAUUUCUCUAUCAAAGAGACUGGGACACAGAAAUAAUCCAUGGUUCUCUCGCCUUCACAAUUCACAGCAGUGAACUACCAGAAUUCAAACCAUAUAUUGAGAGCAAAAAUCCUUCUAGCACAGAAGGUGAUGGUUUUAUCAGGGACUUCUGGCAGCAGGCCUUUGCCUGUGUAUUCCCAAACACUGAGGCAGAUGGGAAUAUUUGCACAGGGGAAGAGAAUAUUGACAGUCUUCCGACACCAUUUUUUGAAACAAGCAUAACUGGUCACAGCUACAACAUCUACAAUGCUGUCCAUGCUGUGGCCCAUGCUUUACAUGCCAUGACCUCAUACAGAGUCAAAUACAGCAAAAGAGCACAGGAGGGACGACUGAAGCCUCAGAAACAACAGAUGUGGCAGCUCCAUCAUUUUUUGAGACGUGUUUCAUUUAACAACAGUGCUGGUGACAAAAUUGUUUUUGAUCAUAAUGGGCAGUUACUAGCUGGAUUUGAUUUUAUCAACUGGAUUGUUUCCUCAAACCAAACCUUUCACAGGGUGCAAGUGGGGAGUGUGGAUCCAGAGGCUGUUCCAGACAAAGCCUUCACCAUCAAUGAAGAUGCCAUAACCUGGAACAACUGGUUUAACCAAGCACAGCCACUUUCUGUAUGUUGUGAGAGUUGCCACCCUGGUUCAAGCAAGAAAGUGAAGGAGGGAGGGCCAUUUUGCUGCUAUGAUUGCAUACCUUGUCCAGAAGGGAAGAUUUCAGACCAAGAGGAUAUGAAUGACUGUAAUAAAUGCACAGAUGAAAAGUACCCAAGCAAGAAUCAAGAUAAAUGCAUUCCCAAGAUUGUAACUUUCUUGUCUUAUGAAGAACCUUUGGGGCUCAGUCUAGGCUGCAUUGCUCUUUCCUUUUCUUUGAUAACAGCUCUGGUGCUGGGGACAUUUAUGAAGCACCAUGGCACUCCCAUCGUCAUUGCCAACAACAGGGACCUCACCUACACUCUCCUCGUCUCCCUCCUGCUCUGCUUCCUUUCUGCAUUCCUAUUCAUUGGUCAGCCUCAGAAGCUGACGUGUCUCCUCCAACAAGCUGUUUUUGGCAUCAUCUUCUCGGUGGCUGUUUCUUGUGUGCUGGCCAAAACUGUCACAGUGGUAUUGGCUUUCAUGGCCACCAAACCAGGUUCCAGAAUGAGAAAGUGGGUGAGGAAAAGUCUGAGCAACUCUAUUGUUCUUUUUUGUUCCCUUAUGCAGGCUGGAAUCUCUACCACAUGGUUGGCAACCUUUCCCCCCUUCCCAGAUGUGGACAUGCACUCUGUGACUGAAGAAGUUGUCCUGGAAUGUAAUGCAGGGUCUGUAACCAUGUUUUACAUUGUCCUGGGCUACAUGGGCUUCCUGGCAAUUGCCAGCUUCACUGUGGCUUUCUUUGCCAGGAAACUACCGGAUAGUUUCAAUGAAGCCAAGUUCAUCACUUUCAGCAUGUUGGUCUUCUGCAGUGUGUGGGUAUCCUUUAUUCCAGCUUAUAUAAGCUCUAAGGGCAAAUACAUGGUUGCUGUGGAGAUCUUCGCUAUCUUAGCCUCCAGUGGUGGUCUUCUGGGUUGCAUCUAUCUUCCAAAAUGCUAUCUUAUUGUGUUGAGGCCUGAGCUGAACAACAGGGAACAUCUAAUAAGGAGAAAAUUGUGAAGAUUCUUAUGAAGAGGAAAGUGGUGUCCAUUGAGCUUUUAGCAGCUUUUCUUGAAAUUCAGAAGCCCUUAUAUAGAGUUUGGAAUUCUGUGUUCAUCAUAGAUGGACAAAUCUUCCCGUUUUUUGAAGGACAGCCAUUCAUAAAUAUAUGUUCCAUGUCAUUCUUUCUAAAUGCAAUAUUUUUUCUCAAUCUCUGUGAUUAUGUUCACUCAUUAGUUAUAUUUUUUAAACAGAAACUUCAUGGCUGGGGAGGGUUCUGAUUUGCACUAUAACAAAGCUGGAGUAAAUUAGUUUCCAAGCACUAUAUCCCUAGUUUUUAUUGCUCCAAUCCCACUCAGGUUUCAUGCAACAUGAAGGAAUUUAGAGGUGCUCUGCUGCAUGUUUCCCCUCUUUGGUCAGGUAUCAAUAAAUUCAGUAAACAGCACUGAAGAAAACAAAGCAGUAGACUGCAAUGUGUAAAUGUGGGAUAUAAGUUCCUUUUCACCCCGCCACUGUUCUACCAAAUCUAUAGAAACCCAUUUCCACCCGCCCCCCCUCCACCAUAUAUUUUAACUUGAAUGAAUGAAUCUUUAUUUGUGUCAGCCAUCAGCCAUAACAAUAAAACAACAAUA